UGCGACCGGAAAUUCCCCACCCUAAUUUUUCCUCGCUCACUCUCCCUCUCUCUCUCUCCAAGGGAAGGGAACGGAAGGGAAGGGGAUCCGCCUCGCCGUCGCCGUCGCCGUCGCCGCCGCGGCUCCUCCGGAUCGAGCUCGCUCGCCUCCGCUCCGCAGUCGGCUCCUCGGGCUAUGGCCUCCUCCAUGUCGGGUGCCUGAGCGCGGACGAGCACGGCCCCGACACAGUUUGACACCCCCGCCCUGCCCUGCCUGGGUCACCAACCGAGCUGCUGCUCUGCCUCGCUUCAUCGCCGACGCAGCUGACCGGACUCGACGGAGCACUACGAUGCCCGGCAAGAGAGGCGCAACCCUGCUUGAGGACCUGCCCGAGGAAAUCGUUGACAAGAUACUCAUCAGGUUGCCGCCCAAAGACGUCGGCCGCUGCCGUGCCGUCAGCAAGUCAUGGCGCAGCGCGACAUCCACGCCUGCAUUCAUGCUCGAGCACCGCCGCUGCCAGCCGUUGCUCCCCAUUGUCGACGGGCAAGGGCGGCCGGCCAGCCUCGUCGUUCUCCGUGAUGCCGGUGCCGUGAAAGCCCUCCACCAGCAGCAGCUCUGGCCUUUCCUCCCGGGCUACAAGCCACUUUCCCAAAAUCGCCUCAGAGGCGCUUGUGAUGGCUUCCUUGUCGUCUCUCAGGGAUACAAGUUCUACAUCUGCAACCCCGUCAUCCGCAAGUGUGCUCUCCUGCCGCGGCCUGAGAGGGAGUACAACACCAUAGUCGGUUUCUACUGCCACCAUUCAACUGAAGAGUAUAGGGUGCUCUGGGUCUCACGCCCAGACCACUUGUCUAACUCCAGCUUAUACGUCCUCACGGUGGGAUCUGACAGGCCGAGGCAAAUCAGUGUCGGAAUGUCAACACUCUCAUCACCUUCAGCGGAACAGGAUUUACUGAGCAAGCUGCUGUACUCUUCACCACCAGUCCACCACCAUGGCAGCCUGCACUGGGGUCUUUUCAGUUACGGCAACAUUACGGGAGGCGGCGUAAACAUUAUUGUGUUUGACACAGAAGCGGAGUCAUUUCGGUGGAUGCACGGUUCCAUCCAUUCCCAGCCAUACUGUAACUGGAAGCUGUUCGACAUGGAGGAGACGCUUGCUUUCUGGUGCAGCUCGAGUGAAAGGUCUUCUAUGGAUGUCUGGGUGAUGCAGGAUUACAAGGCUGAAAUCUGGGCUUUCAAGUACCGGAUUGACCUGUCAAUGGUAGAGGCAUCAAGACAACUUUAUCUAACUUCUUUCAAAAAGAAAAAGAGAAGACCACUUGAUUCAACAGUGCAGUAUUUGGACAAUAUGGUUGUGCUAAACGAGCGUGAGCUGCUGAUCGCGUUUAAUAUGAAAAAUGUGUUGCGCUGGGAUAUUGAUGGCAAGUUCUUAGGUAUUGUGAGCAUUGGAAAGAGUCAGUACUGCAUGUCGCUUACGCACCACCGCCUCCAAGAGAGCAUUGUUCCGAUUCCAGGCCAUGAUAUGAUGCAAGAAGAAUAUGAGGAGCAUCCAUUCUCCACAGGGCAUGCCUGAAAGGUCAUGACAUCUGGUUUGCUUUUCUCUUGGACUGGGAGCAUGCCUCUUGUUCCUAGCUCUUCUUACCUGUACUACCAGUCAAGCAUGUCGUUUUGGAUGGUCGCUAUCAUGAUUUUGUGCUUUUUAUGAUGUCCUGAUCAUCUUGUUAAUGUUAUGAACUAUGGAGUAUCGAUGUAUGACAUUAAUAACUUUUUUACUACUGUUCCUCGCCGCC